CUUUUAUUUUGAAAAGCUCUUGGCGGAAGUUAAACCUGUGUUCCAGAUGCAGGAACUUUCGCUUCAAUCCUCCGCACCGAGAUGGACUGGGACGAGGACGAUAAUGAUCACAGCCACGCGCGGGACACCUGCCACCACGGCCACGCGGGCCACUCUCACAGCCACGGGCCCAGAGCCGCGGCCUUCGGUGGGAUGGCCAACAUGUACACGCCUGCCUACGGACAGAUGGGAAAAGGCGCCGACCCGGUCAUGGAUAUCAGUCAGCAGCCGAAGAAGCGCUCCCAGAUGGACGACAGCAGCAGCUGGGACAUCGUGAAGGCGACGCAAUUCGGGAUCCUUGAGCGCUGCAAGGAGCUGGUGGAAGCAGGAUAUGACGUCAGGACGCCAGACAAGGAGAACGUCACCCUGCUGCACUGGGCGGCGAUCAACAACCGCCUGGAGCUGGUCAAGUACUUUAUGUCCAAAGGUGCAGUUGUUGACCAGCUGGGAGGAGACCUGAACUCUACUCCACUCCACUGGGCCAUCAGACAGGGCCACCUCCCCAUGGUGAUCCAGCUGAUGAGAUACGGAGCAGACCCCUCCAUCACCGACGGGGAGGGCUACCGCUCGCUCCACCUGGCCAUCCUCUUCCAGCACAUGGCCAUCGCAGCUUAUCUCAUGGCUAAGGGAGAGGAAGUGGAUGUGCCUGACUGUAACGGACAAACCCCCCUGAUGUUAGCAGCCCAGAAGAUUAUUGGGCCUGAGCCCACAAACUUUCUCAUCAAGAACAACGCCUCGGUGAGCGCCGUGGACAAAGUGAACAGGAACACGCCGCUGCAUUGCGCGGUGCUCGCGGGAAACGUCGACGCUGCCCACAUCCUGUUGGAGGCGGGGGCCAGCGUGGACGCCGAAAACGUCAACGGUCACACACCCAUCGACCUGGCCCACCAAGUGAACAGCCCGCUGCUCAUCCACAUGCUCAACGUCGUCAAAAAGGAGAGAAUCAGCUCCAAUUCCCGCUGUCUACGCCUUAUCGUCCGAUACAAGGUUUUGGUGCUGUUCCUAUUUAACACAGCCAUAUUUGGAUGUGUUGGUGCAAUCUUUGACAUGAACUCAGAGUCCUGGUUGCUCAAAAGUAUCCUGCUGGCCUGCGUGGUGGGUGUGAUUAACUUAGCCUCGAGGAAUUUCCCAAACCCAGACUUUCAGUCUCUGCUGCUGCCUUCGGCUCUGAUGGCUUCGGUGUUCUGGAUGAUCGUCACCUGGUGUCUCUGGUUCCUGCCAGAUCUACCCAGCACGACAGUUCAGGUUCUGUUCACCCUCAAUGCCACCGCUCUUCUCUACUGCUUCCUUCGGACCUGCAGGACGGACCCCGGUUUCAUCAAAGCCACAGAAGAGCAGAAGAAAAUGGUGGGAAAGAACGUGGUGGUGCUGGCUGAGGCUGGCUGUUUGGACACCAGAGUGUUUUGCACUUCUUGUAUGAUAAGGAAACCGAUGAGAGCGACUCACUGCUUCAGCUGUGACGCGUGCGUGGCAAAGCAGGACCACCACUCCACGUUGACCAACUCCUGCAUAGGUGCGAGGAAUCACCACUACUUCGUCCUGCUGCUCCUUUCCAUCUCGCUGCUGGGGUCCUGGAUGCUCUACGGCUGUUUUCGAUACUGGAGCAGACACUGUCCGCUGCAUUAUGAGGAUCAGGGCCUGUGGGGCGCCCUGUCUGCAGCGGUCGGCUGCUCCCCCUGGGUGCUCGCCAUCUCCGUGCUGUCCUUCUACCAUACCUGCUGGUCCACUUUGUUCCUGAUCGGGCAGCUUUACCAGAUUGCAUUCCUGGGAUUAACCACAGCAGAGAGAACAAAUCUGAUAUACCAGCAAAGGAGGAUGAGACAAUCUGUGUCCCUGAGACAAAAUCCCUUCAACAUGGGCGUGGUGCAGAACCUGCUGUCCUUCUUCCAGCUGCGCUGCUGCGGCCUCUUCAAGCCGGCCGUCGUCGACUGGACGACGCAGUUCCAGCCCCAACGCGACCAGUACCUGUUCGAGCAGAUCAACAUGGUCUGACCUCGCCUCCAACCCCGCAGGUCCGGGUCGGACUCUGCUUCUGGACCAAAAGCGCAAGAAUGUAUUUAUUUUUAUUUCCCUCCUUUAGUUCUUUGUGAAGAGAGAGUCAAAGACAUCAGAGGUCAGAAGAAUACAACGGAGGUUUGAUCGGCCUGGUCUCUGUACGGUCUGCAGCUGCCUUACGCUCCACCGAUGGGAGGGAAAAGGGUUCUGGACAUUUUGUGCUGUUUUUAUGAACACAUUAAGCCUAUUUUUUAUCAUCCAGCAAAAGGAAAAAAUCUUUGUAUGUGUAAGCGGUUCGGUUUUAUGACGUUUCAUAACAAAUGACCACUAUUAUAUUCUUCAAUAAAGCAAUCUUGUGUCUGUCUUUUUUAA